GUAAUUAAACAUUUACAAAUUUUAAUAUUUAUUGUUACCAGAUUAUAAACGUAUCAAAUGUUUUAGAAUUACAAUUCAAAUUACAAAGCUUUUACAUUUUGAAAAUUAAGUCACACAUAACAAUUUUUAUAAAAUAACUUCUUCAAUAAUAAUCAUAUUACAUACAUUAAGACAUAAAUUGCAUGAGAAAAGAUUAUACAAAUUGCUUCGUUUAGCCUUCGAGAUAUAAAUAAAUUUGUAAAUUUAACAAUACGUUUGAUUACAUUACACGAACGUCAGUUAUUUUAUGUCUGUUCAUACCCAGUAAGCAAAAUGCAAGCAGUAUGCCAACAGAUUUCCAUAAAACUUGCUGGAAAUUUGGCAUCCGUUAUGUCCGCAUUCGGCUUAUAAUCUGCUGGCAGAACCUGCUCAGCAAAUUCUGCCAGCAGGUUGGCAAAAAACGAGCAGGAUCUGCAGUACAUUUCAUCUGAAUACAUUGGAAACGACAAAUUCUGUUCGGUUUCUGCCGAAGUCUGGCAUUAUAUUCUUUGAAGGUUCAUACAGAUUAUCUUUAAAGGUUGCGGAAGAUGCGCACAAAGCGUUUGAUUCUGAGAUGAGAUAUUUAUCUAACAAAACAAUUUGAAUGUAAUCUAACAACUAAUAUCAAAACGCACGUGAUACCAAUUCUCGAUAAUAACGUAAAUAUUUGUUCUAUAUAUUGCAUUGAUAUCAAUUCUUUAUCAUUGCGUAUAUCCGUAAUAUCACAUCAUCCAUACAUUCCUAAGUAUUGUAGCCAAGAAUAUAAUGUAACUCUUUUAUUAAAUAUAUUAAAUAAGCAUCGUAUAAUUAUACAUCUUUAUACAAUACAGUCUAUUGACAUUUAAUAAGCCGCACGUCAUUUAUACGUAUUUAUGUUAGGAUUUUUAUUUUGCCUCCCUUAUGUCGUAUUGAUGAUCAGUGGACGUGAUAGUUAAAAUUAUUAUAUUAGUUAAAAUUAUUAUAUCCGUAGUAACGCGUUUCUUUUUUUAAAAAAAAACAACUCAUACAUCUUGAGUGUGUUUUCACGUUUUCGUCUUGUUCCUUCUCUUAUUGUAUUUAACGAUACCCAUGUGAUACUGAGUUUUUGGUAUUAAAUAUCGCAGUGAUGUUUGCACUCAAUUUUAUUGUGCAUCGUACGAUAGACCAGCGGUGGAAUAAACAUUUUUGAGUCAAGUGCGCUGUCAAAAUCAUCUCCACUCUUUUUCAAUUUACAUAAGCAAAAAAUAUAUCAUCUAGAUAAAAUAUUUUACAGAAAUUAUAAUCUACUACAUCUAGAGGGAAAGUUAAAAUUCUCAUUAUAUUAUCAAAAACAUCAGAAUGUUCUCCAAUUUAUUUAACUCGUAUACACGUUAUCUCAAUGCUUGUCGCAUCGAUAAAAAAUAAACCUCUUAACAAAUAGAUGAGAAAGACCCAAAAGCAUGUCAAUGGAAUAUUCUUUCUUCCGUCAGAUACGAUUUUUCUAUUCGCGCCGCGAUAUUGCUCUCCUUACAUAUAUAUCUGAAAAAGAAAGAACGCAGGAGUCGAACGUGCGAAUUCGCAUGAUUUCAGAGAUAUUGCCGCCCGCUCGGGCGAUAUCGCUCUACGUACGACUCACACUUGGAAUAAAUAAAUUUUAAUCAAUACCACGUGCACGGUCAGGGCAACUUUAUUCGAUAAGCGCAAUCACAUGACGAUCUCGAGGCGAGGAACAACGGGACGGCAUACGUUUCACCGUCGGGCAACACGAGGUGUAUUGCCCGGGAGCAUAUCGAGAUAUGCAGUGCAAACUCGUCGAGCACGACCAGGGAGAUAUCCGCCCAUCAUAUGUAAUAAAAUCCAAAUUCACGACGCAGGAGUCGCGAUGCCGAAGGACGGAAGCGCGACGGUGCCAGGCUGUCGGAAAGUUUCCUUCGCGCGGCCAAUCGAAGGGAUAGAUGAUUACUGUAUGCAGUAUCUUAUCGGCGCCGCUAAGCGCGAUAAAUCUCCGGCAGACGAAAAAUAUAAGCGUGUAGUCAAACUCUAAGUGUCGGAUAAGCGGCAGGUAGCCACUGCGUGUCACGUCGCGACGGAAUUACCAGGAGGAGCAUCGCACGAUCGUAUUACAAGCGCACACCGCGAAUUUUCGUUACACCCGAAGAGUUCUCUCGCGCACGGUCUUACGUAACGAAGGAUGGCAUGGCGUCACAGAAGUAUGAUCGGAUACCGGAUAUUUUUCGUUAUUAUUAUACCAGCUACGUACUUUUUUUGCGUCAAUAUGAUGGGACUAUUCUCUGACAGUACGACAAACGUCGGCCGCGCGACGGAUUGGCGAGGACGUAGAUUGCUGCAGGCGAGCGAGCUCGAACUGCAAGGGAACGACAGUUAUAACUGCACGCCGCCAGCAAUCAAAGAAUUCCCAUCCGACGGACUAACGCGGCAGCAAAGACAGGCAGGAUUUAUAAUUAUCCACUUCGUCAUCGCUAUUUAUCUGUUUUUAUUACUAGCCAUUGUCUGCGACGACUUUUUCGUUCCCUCUAUUAAGAAAAUUUGCGAGAAGCUUGACGUUACGGAGGAUGUGGCCGGCGCGACCGUAAUGGCGGCUGCGAGCUCCAGUCCGGAAUUGUUCAUCAACAUCAUUGGUACUUUCGUGACGGAAGGUGAUCUGGGAGUCGGUACCAUCGUCGGUUCCGCAGUGUUCAACAUACUGGCCGUACCCGCGUGCUGUGCACUCUUCGCAAACGAGGUACGUUGCAAAUCGAUUUUUUACGCAAUUUUUGAGUUUUUCUUCGCACUCGCGCGAGACCCCUUAUCACGAUCAUCGUCUUCGCCGAAGGUGCUGAACUUGGAGUUGUGGCCCGUCUCACGGGAUACGCUGGCGUAUGCCUUUACGGUGCUUCUUCUGAUCCUGACUCUGCGGGACGGACGCAUCGAGUGGUACGAGGCGCUUAUCCUCGUCUCUUGUUACGUUCUGUACAUAACAGCAAUGUGCUUUAAUCGUCGUAUCAGCAAUUUCAUGAAUCGAAUAACAUCCAGAAGAAAAAAGUACAAAAAUAUCUGUGAAGAGACUCCCCUUCUCCCGAAUAACUUCAUCAAAGAUACGGAGAUAUGUGGAUUUAGUUCAGCGAGUGAGCAGGACGAAUCACUCGAAAUUGUGAACAUGACGUCCUGGCCAGACUCGACAUGCGAAAAAAUAUGGUGGGUUAUUACUUGGCCCAUCAACCUGGUAUUGCUUAUAACUAUUCCCGACUGUAGGAAAAGCAAGUUCAAGUCUUGGUAUGUCUUUACGUUUAUCAUGUGUGUAAUGUGGAUCGCAAUUUCGUCGUACAUUAUUGGAUGGGUCAUCACUAUUAUCGGCGAUACUCUCAGAAUUCCUGAUUCUAUCAUGGGUUUAACUUUUCUUGCGGCGGGAAUGAGUGUACCUGAAGCGGUAUCGAGCGUCAUUGUUACAAAUCAAGGUCACGGGGCUAUGGGAAUAAGUAACUCAAUCGGAUCAAACGUAUUCGAUGUGUUACUGUGUCUCGGACUGCCAUGGUUCGUAAAAGCCGCAUUCUUGCCAAAAGUACCUGGAGAAUACUUUGUGCAGAUCAAUUCACAAGGUCUGGUGUACAGCUCGAUAUCCCUCUUUUCCACAUUAAUUAUUUUAUACGGAGCUUUAUUUAUUAACAAAUUCCAAUUAAAUCGAACAGUUGGACUUGUCUGUUUAAUCAUGUAUGCUGUAUUUUUGAUAUUCGCAUCUAUUGUGGAACUCAAUACAUUCUUUAUCGUUAAUUUACCGAUAUGCUUCGACUAACAAUAUCAAAUUUAUUAAGAUAUAAAGUAAUAUGUAUAUAUUUUAAUAAGUAUGAAUUUCUAUAUUUUACAAUAAGUAUGAAUUUAUAUAUUGCAAUAACCGAAUUUUUAAAAUGUUUGUAUAACUGUUUUACGAUAAAUCGAUACAAUAAUAAACGUAUUUCUAAAGA